AUGCUUUGCGUGCUUCAAGCAAGUGGUGUCAAGGCGGCAGCAGCCAGGCGCAUCGUCAACACCCCAUCAUCCACAUCAACCGCAAGCCGUCAGCUAUUCUUUACAAGCACGAUCAGCCGCGAGCAAGAUGGGCAAAAGGGGUGUAGCGGCCAGCUGGCCAAGAAGGUUGUGAGGAAUCCGCUUAUGAUGAGCCAUGGCUACGCCAAGUCCUGUCCCAAGAUUGCGGGCUUGGAGACCUUCCUUGGCUGA